AAGAUUUUUGCAGCAAGUUAACGCUGUCGCCUGCUGCCUAUGUGUGGCUGUUUUCAACAAGUUUAGCUUAAAUUUAGUUAGGUUUUUAGGGUUUUACUGAAUGUACAGAGAUUUUGAAUAAAGAAGUUGCCGUGAAAAGGAUUUUUUGCUGAUUAACUCGACAAAUAACCACCAAAAUGUCAGGAGAAGCUCAGGACUCGCAACCCAUCUGGACUCGCCCAUCGAGGCAUAAAAGAAAGAGACGAACGAGGGCGCAAAUUGAUUACGUCGAGAUGUCUGUCAGGUACGGUUCAAUAAAGCUUCAAGUUCCGCAUGGAUUUAAAAGUCUUCUGGAACAUCUAGCAAGGGAGAUACUGCGUGAACAACCCAAGAAUAUUCCCGAAUUUGCCGCCGCGUAUUUCAAGCAUUUACUGCAGAAGCGUGAAGAUGGCCGUGCAGAUGAAUACUUAGUGAACGAACGUAUAGUAGAAUCAGAAGUCACUUUACCAAGCACAGUGGAAGCAGAACCAGAGCCUGCACCACAAAGUUACGAAGUAGUCACUCAGGAACCUGUCUCAGCUCCGGCUGAAGAUGAGCAAGUUACUCAACAAGAAGAAGAAGAAGAAAUGCCUGAUCUUGAGGAUCCAGAGGUUCAAAAAGCAGCUACCAUGAUCCAAGCAUCAUUCCGGGGAUUCAAGACAAGAAAAUCAAUAUCACCUUCCAAGGCUCCUACUCAGAAAGAUAUAGAGCAGUUACAAGACCAAGCUUGCAGCAGUUCUUCGUUCGAGAGAAAAGCAAGCGAUGCAACAACAGAUAAAACAGCUUUAAUAGAAGCUCUUGUACAAUCAGGAGAGAGUUUAGAUAGUAUCGGCCCUCCUAGUUCGUUAUGCGUUGUGCAGAGCGAUACGCAACAAAUAGAAGAGUUGAACGCGCCAAGUGAAUCAUCCCUUGUUGUUAGAGAGACGUUAGAUGCAGCAUCACAGCCUGAAAGUAUACGCAGACACUCAGACAUUGGUCUGCUGGAAGUGGUGGGACGCCAGGCUCAAUCGAAGCCACCAGUAACAACUUCACCUGUUGUCUCCACCCCUCAGGAAGUUUCUGAAGUGCCAAUUGAGCCAAUCGAGGUCCAAAGUAGGAAUGAUGCUGAAUUAGACCAUGCUGCUGUGUGUCAGUCAUUGUUCUGCACCAAGACAGGUCUAGAUGCAGCAGAGCCUGCUGAAGAGCCAUCUGCUGCUGAACCCACAGCCGCUGGAGAGUCUACGGCUGAACCAUCUGCUGAAGAGCCUGCUGCCGAACCAGCCGCUGAAGAGCCUGCAGCUGAACCAGAUACUGAAGAGCCUGUCACAGAACCAGCUGCAGAAGAGUCUGCAACUGAGGAGCCUGCAAACGAACCAACCACUGAAGAGCCUGCAGCUGAACCAGCUACUGAGGAGCCGGCAGCUGAACCAGUCGCUGAGGAGCCUGUAUCUGGACCAGCUGCUAAAGAGCCUGCAGCAGAACCGGUCGCUGAAGAGCUUGUAGCUGCACCAGUCGCUGAAGAGCCUGCAGCUGAACCAGCUAUUGAAGAGCCUGCAACUGAACCAGCUGCUGAAGAGCCUGCAACUGAACCAGCUAUUGAAGAGCCUGCAGCUGAAUCGGCUGCUGAGGAGCCUGCAACUGAACCAGCCGCUGAAGAGCCUGCAGCUGAACCGGUUUUUGAAGAGCCUGCAACUGAACCAGUCGCUGAAGAGCCUGCAGCUGGACCAGUUGCUGAAGAGCCCGCGGUCGAACCAGUCGCUGAAGAGCCCACAGCUGAACCAGCCGCAGAAGAGCCGGCAGCUGAACCAAUCGCUGAAGAGCCUGCAACUGAACCAGCUACUGAAGAGUUUGUAGCUGAACCAACUGCUGAAGAGCCCGCAGCUGAACCAGCCGCAGAAGAGCCGGCAGCUGAACCAGUCGCUGAAGAGCCUGCAACUGAACCAGCUGCUAAAGAGCCUGCAGCUGAACCAGCUACUGAAGAGUUUGUAGCUGAACUAACUGCUGAAAAGCCUGCAGCCGAACCAGCUGCAGAAGAGCCUGCUGGUGAACCAGCCGCCGAAGAUCCUGCAGCUGAAGAGUCUGCAGCUGAACCAGCCGCUGAAGAGCCUGCAGCUGAACCAGCCGCAGAAGAGUCUGCAGCUGAACCAGCCGCUGAAGAGCCUGCAGCUGAACCAGACGCUGAAGAGCCUGCAGCUGAACCAGACGCUGAAGAGCCUGCAGCUAAUCCAGCCGCAGAAGAGCCUGCAGCUGAACCAGCCGCUGAAGAGCCUGCAGCUGAACCAGCCGCUGAAGAGCCUGCAGCUGAACCAGCCACAGAAGAGUCUGCAGCUGAACCAGCUGCUGAAGAGCCUGCAGCUGAACCAGACGCUGAAGAGCCUGCAGCUGAACCAGACGCUGAAGAGCCUGCAGCUGAACCAGCCGCUGAAGAGCCUGCAGCUGAUCCAGCCACAGAAGAGCCUGCAGCCGAACCAGCCGCUGAAGAACCUGCAGCUGAACCAGCUACUGAAGAGCCUGCAGCUGAACCAGUCGCAGAAGAGCCUGCAGCUGAACCAGCUGCCGAAGAGCCUGCACCUGAACCAGCUGCCGAAGAACCUGCAGCUGAACCAGCUGCCGAAGAACCUGCAGCUGAGGAACCAGUUGCUGAGGAGCCUGAACCAGCACCACAAGAAUCUGAAACGAAAGAAGACGAAACUGCAGAAUCACAACCAGCACAGGAAGGGGCUCCCGUUGCUGCCCAAGAGGAAAAGGCGGAGGAAGCAGCUCCAGAGGCAACUGAAGGAGCCGUCCCAGAAACAACAGCAGAACAAGAUGAGACUCCUCCGGCAACAACUGCAGAAGAGCCACAGGCGGAAGCAGCUGAGGAACCACAGGCCGAAGCAGCCCCAGCAGAACAAGUUGAAGCUGAUGUAGAACCUAUCCAAUCUGAGGCUCCAGCAGUUGUGACAGGAGAGACACUGGCAGCUGAAACAACUGAUGCCCCUGCUGUAGCUGAAGAAACAAAGACAGAAGAAAAAACUGAGGAAGUAGCCGAGCCUGCUGCAACAGAAGUUGAGGCUGAGCCUGCUGCUGCAGAAGUUGAGACUGAGCCUGCUGCAGCAGAAGUUGAGGCUGAACCUGCAGCAGCAGAGCCACAAGCUGAAGAAGCUAAAACAGAGGAACCAGCAGAAGAAACAAAAACUGAGGAACCAGCAGCAGCUACGGAGGAAGAAAAACCUGCGGAAGUAACAGAAGAAGCUAAAGCAGAAGAGCCAGCAGCUGCAGAGGAAGAGAAACCAACGGAAUCUGAAGACAAACCGGCUGAAUCUGCUCCAGAGGCUGCAACUGAAGAGAAAUCAGAAGACAAACCAGCAGAACCUGAAUCCGCUCCAGAGGCUGCAGCUGACGAGACUAAACCAGAGGAAGCAGCACCAGCAGCGGAGUCAGCUGAGCCAGAAAAGACUGAGGAGGAGCCUGCAAAACAAGAAGAGAGCCCUCCGGACGCUGAACAAAGCGUAUCCAUGGCUGAAGAAGCAACAUGAUUUUAGUUUUUAUAAUUUCAUUUCUUUAAAUCGCACUGUGUUUUUCUUUCAACCCAACAAAUUUUGUCUUGUUUUUUUCCAGCGAGCAAACAAAGUAAAAAUAGUGACUGAA